AAAAAUCCCGAGACGUUUCCGGAGGUAUCCGAUCCAGGGAUAACUGAGGCAGAGCGCAGAGACGGGCGCCGCUAUUUCCAAUUGACCAUCGCGGAGGAACCUAUUUAAUUUUGUUCGUUUUUCGAUUAACAUUCUCAUUUCAAUGAUGGCACCGGGAUACUGACAGUCAUGGUGAUUUCCCGAGCAAAGGAUCGGGUCUGAUUGCCAUGUGUGAUCCAUCUAUUUUUGCGCCUUGCAUCACAGACCGUACCAGGCUUAUGCAUUUUAAAUAUAUAGGGCGCUUACAUGUACACAGUACAUGUCUACACACAGAAUGACUUUGUUGAUGCCAUUGGAUAUACCGAGCGAUGAUGCUUGAUGAAUCGGACUUAUUCGCGUCGAAGAUAAGAUGUGUAUCGAUGUGGCGUGGGAGAAAAUGUCUUAGGCUCCAGUCGAGAUUUCAGCAAGAAAAUGAAGAUGGGGAAGAAGCGUCUUGUCCUGUAGCUCAGUAGCGGAUGCCAAUCGUCAUUUACAAAUAUACAUUUGUGCACAAGAUAAUGACGCUGAUGCCGUGUACUCAGGAUUAAACUACACCUGAAGAGCAUACGAGUAAUACUGCUACGGAACUGCAUUUGAUUUAGUCACAGUGUGAUGGGAAUAUACUGCUAAGGCUUGGCCUAGCUUUAUGGAAACCCCGAAGACAUGACAUGCACACGAAAAAAGAGGAAACGAUAUUUUUUGUUUUUUAAAACCUGUAUUUAUCUUAUGCACCAGCUGCUGGCAUAAGAAGGUCCGACAAAAGGGUUUUUUCAGUGAAACAGGUCUUGUUUCUUUUUUCCAGACAUGAUCAUUCCCUGUAUUUAUUAAUUAAUUAAUUAAUUAAAUUUUUUUUAUUCUGUUGUUUGUAAAGGACGUCGAGGUUCAUAUUGGAUUACAAUUUGGAUUCAUGUGCGAUUCCUUUAACGGGUCAAAAAACUAUUCCACAUCUUUUUGUGUAUGUUUAUGUUUUUAUUUUUAUUUUUUCAAUAAUUGCAACAAGCUCCCGUUAAGGCCUACCAUCGACACAAGAUUCAUUGUCUGGAGGAAGAUCGAGAAUUAUAGGGGUGAAGGCCAAUAGAGGUUGCAAGUUUGAAGGGGAGUUCCAAAGCGAAUCGUGCAAAAUGGGGCAAUGCAAAUCAAGCUUCUCUCGUUCCGUUUGAGACAACAACGACAGGCAACCACGAGGACGGACGACAGCUCAGCCGGUGGUGGCGGAGGUGGAGGUGGGAGUGGAGGAAGUGGGGGUAAAGGAGGAGUCGGUUUCGGAGGAGAAGGAGGGGUUGUGCGAUCAGAGCAGCAAAAGGGAUGGCCAACGGAAACGCAAGCAGCGAUGGGCCUGGGAACCCCUUGGCAGCCGUCGUGUCUACUACAGGUGGCAUGAUGGGUGGUGCGCCCUCCUCAGCUGUUUCCACCUACGUUAAACUUGUCCUUCUGGGGUUGAUCAUCUGCAUCAGCCUGGUGGGUAACUUAGUGGUGUCUUUGCUGGUGUUACGGGACAGAGCCCUCCACAAGGCACCCUACUACUUUCUCUUGGACCUCUGCCUUGCAGACACUAUUCGCUCGGCGGUGUGUUUUCCCUUCGUGCUGGUGUCCAUCAAGAACGGCUCAGCCUGGACUUACAGCGUCCUCAGCUGCAAGGUGGUGGCCUUCAUGGCUGUACUUUUUUGCUUCCAUGCUGCCUUCAUGCUGUUCUGCAUUAGCGUCACGCGUUACAUGGCCAUCGCCCACCACCGGUUCUACUCUAAGCGAAUGACCUUCUGGACCUGUGUCGCGGUGGUAUGUAUGGUCUGGACAUUGUCGGUGGCCAUGGCUUUCCCACCUGUCUUUGACGUGGGCACCUACAAGUUUAUCCGUGAGGAGGACCAGUGCAUCUUUGAACAUCGCUACUUCAAGGCCAAUGAUACGUUAGGGUUUAUGUUGAUGCUGGCUGUGUUAAUCCUGGCCACUCAUGUGGUCUACAUGAAGCUCCUGCUGUUUGAAUACAAGCACCGAAAGAUGAAGCCGGUCCAGAUGGUUCCAGCCAUCAGCCAAAACUGGACCUUUCACGGGCCUGGAGCCACAGGCCAGGCGGCCGCAAACUGGAUAGCGGGGUUCGGGCGUGGUCCGAUGCCGCCUACUUUAUUGGGCAUCAGGCAGAACUUGCACAACCAGAACAGACGCCUGCUAGGCAUGGAGGAGUUUAAGGCUGAGAAGCAGCUCGGCAGGAUGUUUUAUGUCAUCACCUUGUUUUUUCUGGUGCUCUGGUCCCCGUACAUCGUGGCCUGUUACUGGCGGGUCUUCGUGAAGGCAUGCACCAUCCCGCACCGAUACCUGUCCACCACCGUGUGGAUGAGUUUUGCCCAGGCGGGUGUGAAUCCCAUCAUCUGCUUUUUCCUCAACAAAGACCUGAAGAAGGGCCUGCUGGCCCACCUGCCUCCCUGUUGUAGAACUCGACCUCAACUGCCCCGUGAGCCUUACUGUGUAAUGUGAAGAUGAGUGUUCAUUCAUAUUGUCAUUUUUUUCCAUUCUUUCUCUUCUGGAUGACUGGCGAGCGGACACCAAGGGGAAAGGGAAUAAGAGGUGAGAAGAUGAGGGAACUUUAAGAGCUGUUGUGGCCUUUGAUUCAGUUUCAGAUGCUUUAAAAGAGUGGAUGUCAUGAAACAGCAUCUACUGUUACCUUAUUAGUGGUUUUAAAGGGGAAUGGGUUCUACACUAAUGUGUGCUAUGAUGGUAAAUCAACUCAAAACAGGUUUGAAUUGCCAUUGGGCUGCAUUAGAGUGGUAAAAAACCACGACAAGUCAAGCAGAUCUGAAAUAAACAAAACUGGUAUAUUUUAUGGUGAAUGUAUGAAAGCUAAAUCAAAUGGCAUCUUAUGAUCGAUUCCAACAAACAUUAACAUUCGGCUAAGUAUAUUGAUGGCCAGGAAUACAAAGAUUUGCAAAAAUAUUAUUCAUGACUUGUGAACAGCUGCACUCUUGGCAGAGUAAUUUGCAUUAUUUGAAGUAAUGAUUCAAAUACUCAAUGUGCAUGUAUAUUACCUUAUCCUUAAGGGUAAACAAACUUGAGAUUAAAAUAUAUUUAAGAAUGCGUGCCAAGAGACAAGCAUAAGCCACUAGGAAUAAUAAUGAAUGGAGGUUGACAAAAUGACAAAGUUCCUACAAUUUAUGCUAAUUGGUUGGGCUGAAUCCUUUCUGAUGCUCAUAGAAUAAAACAUAUGUAUAAAAGCAAGAGAGAAGCAUUGAGAACAAAUAAUGUUUUUCCUCUACAAGUUAAUUCAAAGGUUAUAGAGACUAAAAGAGCUGACUGAAAAUAUAAAUCUGUGUGAAUAAAUGCCUGUUCGGGUUUGUAGGCGCUUUUUUCCCUGAGGGAAUUUAAUGAAAUUUUUGCUGUAAUUUAUUGUUUAUUUAUUUCUCUCUCUCUCUUAUUCUCAGAUAUGUUUACCUGUUGAUUUUUGCUGAAAAUAUUUCAUAGCAUUGCACAAAAUACACUUAUAAUUUCUAUUAUUGAAUAUGUGGUAUUCAGACCAAGAAAAGGUAUUUUACUGUAAGUGUUGACACCGAGCAGCCAUGACUUAGAUUUUAGGGAGAUCAGGAAAAAGUAAAUACAGUAUAGUGACCAGUUAAUGAUGUAAUUCGGUUAAAUCAACCAAUUAUUUUUUCCUUCCAAAUGAUUGCACAGAAAAUGUUGUACAGAAGUGACUUAGUUAUUGAUUCUUGAAUUACUUGAAUGGAAGUUUGCAUAUUGGAUCGAUAUAAAAUUGAAACUUUUUUUGCUUUGUGAUGAUUUUAAUGUGUAUCUUAGUAAUCAAUUUUACCUUUAUUAAUUUUGAUGUAAUUGACAGGCAGGUUGCAGUCGAGGUAUUUCAUUGUAUUUAAAGUGUAUUACGGAUUAAUGAAUGGAUUUCCUGCAUUGGACUCUUAACGUGUAAUUUGGCCUCCUGUUCACCUUUCAAAUCAGAAAUCUAAUUCUAAAAUUAAAUUAUUGUAAUCUUAAAAUAUGAAUGUGUUUGAGAUUAGAAAAAGUAAGAUGUUAGAGGAAUGUUUAGAUUUACUCCAUAAAGUAAAUACUUUUAUUAAGAGCUAAUAAGUUCUGAAAUGGGUUCCUGUGUCAAAUACAUUUUUUCCAUUAAUACUUUGCACACAACUUGCACGCAGCUCAUUAAUCAGUGACAUGACUUUUCUGGCAAAUUGUGACUUAAAUCGAAAUGCUGAACUAUUGCAGACAGGACAUAGAGAUUGUAAUAUUUCUGCGAAUGUUAAAGGGGGAAAACCCUACGACAUCUCUCUGUAAGGUAGGCAUUGGAUAGGUUGGCGUGAUUAAACUUUGUUUUUUAAGCCCUUCAGUGCUAGAACAAAGAAAUAAAUGACAACAGAAAAGACAAAUAAUUUUCUGCAUUUUAUGCCUUACUCCAUUAUCAAGGUUUAAUGUUACCAAUGCAAGAAUGAUUUGAAAGCUGUAUGCUUCAAUAGACACCAAUCAAUCAUAAAAAAAAAAACAUAUGCUGGGGAAAACACAACACUGUGUAUUUGUGGAUUAUCAGAGGACACGUAUCGCUCCCCUUCAAAAGCCUACAAGUUGCAGGUGAGAAGGCGCCAGCAUCAGCUGCAUUACUGAUAACACAUUUGCAAAUCGUGGGCACACUGGAGUGUACAUUUCUGCUCAGUUCUCUGGAGAGACUUGAAUUUAACAGAAGAAAAUAAACGUAACACAGAGAGACAAAAUUAAAUUGAUUUUCUGUUUAAGUCAAAGGAACUUCUUGGAUUCAUAAGGAUUUCUUCAAGACUUUUUCUUCUUGUCUUUUGGGGAAGGGGUUGUUGGGGAUGGGGGGACAGUUUAUGAAUGAAGAUUUGAGCUAUUGUGUAUUCAUCUGUGAAUAGGAAAUUGCUUGGGCUGGUGUUGGGUGGAAAGGAUGUGAUUUUGUAAUGAGCAAAAAUGCCUGGUAGAACAUUUUUAGUUGCUUCAGGCAUCUUAUCUUUUGUAAAAUAACUGUGAACCUCUGUGUAAUUCAUGUGUAUUAUAUGGACAACGCACUAACUUUGAAUGGAGUGGAGUGAAGGGCGAGGUUACGACCUUUGAUCAUCAUCUUUUUAUCACGCAUGUGUGUGUGUGUGUGUGAGUGUUUAUGCGGCGUGUGAAUGUGUGGUUGGCACCGCGUGCUUAGAGCAAGCAAAGGUGAAAGGUGAACCACUCCUGUAGUUGAUCAACUAAAUAUGAUACAGGUUGUUUCUGACAAUACAAAGUUGUAAUAUUCAACAUGGAAAGAUCUUGCUGUGGUUCAAAUUAUUUAUCAUAAAAAUGGUUGCUCUUAUCACAAUAAAACAACCAGGAAUGAAUAUGAUCACUUGUAAGCAUUUGGGCCAUGUUUUCUUUUUAAACAAUUAAAAGUUUUUGAACAAAAAUCUUAUACAUAUUUUAGUUUAAAGAAGUAUUUUGCUGUGCAGACUAAUUAUUCAUAAAGUCUGACUUGAUCGCAAAAUCCUAUUUUAUUUCAAUUAAUUGGCAAUAUGAUAUAUGAACUUGAAUGGCAGCAUAAUUUAAUCAGCUCAGCUCAUAACUCUAUUAAAUGGAUUUAAAAACUCAUAAAAGAACAAUGACAAGCCACACUUACUCAUACAGCUAACUAUUACAAGAGCAAUAGACAGCGUAUAUCCAUCAAAUAUUCAUGCGGUUGAGGUUUAGUUGAGCAACUCGGGAGUUGUUUAUUUGUGAAUGCAUGAUGUAUGAAGGGGGACAAAAGAAAAACUGAAAAUACCGAGAAAGAAAAUGUGAGUCAGCUUUCAGAUUCAGAAAUCUUGAUCUGUAAAUCAACAGAUUUCUUUCCAACAUGACAAUAAAAGUUUACUUUUGUUGGA